AGGGAAGAGGGUUUUAGUAGAGGGUAAUGGUGAAGGAGAAAGUGAGGUUGCGCUUAGUAUUCGAGGGUUCUCGGAUUCUGAGAAAAUCACAGAAGAAACAAGGACUGAAGAAAUGCUGGAUUCUCAUUAAACCUAAACUUUACAAAACCAUCUCUCAUCUCUCCGAUUAUCUCCUUCGCAUUUUCCAUCUGCAACAUUCUUCUCCUCAUGGCCUUAUUCUCUCUAUGGAUGGCUUUGUUUUGCCGCCUUUUGAGUCUACUUCGAUUUUGAAGGAUAAUGAUAUCAUCUGUGUGAGAAAGAAAGUGGGUCCACCCUCUGCAACCAUUGAGUUGUACAAUGGGGUGAAUUCUUUGGAGCAACCCGCGCUUGGGGGUGUGAAGCUUCUCACCAUUGAGGCAUUUCAAAACGUAACUGGGGGUUAUCGAAGUCAAUCAGAAGAGGGUGAACAUGACAAUUCUUUGGAUGUAAUUGAGUUGGAAGGUGCACCUGAUGUCGACAAAGUUUGCAAAAAGAGAAAGGCAUCAGAGAAACUUCAGGGUUCCGAGAGGAAGAAGAGUAAACUUGCUGCUGCUGAUGAGUGUCCGGUUGCCCUUGGGGAUCUUGAGAAUGAUGUUCUCUGUGAUAGUCUCGUCAACAAGGAUAAUAUGCAGAGAAAAACAGAGAAAUUGAGCACCCCUGGAAUUGAUGACAUCAAUGCUAAGAGGGCCAGUGAACUUCAAGAAAAUGGCAAAGGGAGUGCUGAUGUAUCCUCUACUCCUGAUGGAACGAAAAAGUUCCCAAGUAGAAGUGCUCGACGUAAAAAGGCUAAGAGGCAAUGGUUGAGGGAACAAGCCAAAAAUAAAAAGAUAGAGCAUCAGAAGCAAUUACACACAAAAGGUAGUCAGAAAUCGCCCGAUAAAUAUGAUUUGAAACUCUCCGAUGAAUGUCAACAGCCAGAUACGAAUUCAUAUGGCCGAGAUAAUAAAAACUUGUCUGAAGAACAUCAACAAACAGAUCCUAAUAGUGAUGUGGAUGAUGAUGUUGUUCCUGUAGUUGUAAGGCCAGGACAUAUUCGUUUUACGCCCCUAAGAAAAGUGGAUGCCAUACAAACUAUGCCGCAAAAUCAAGUUUCAGUGCCUGAUAUCAUACUUCACAAAACUUUUCAAUGGAAUGGAGUAACCAGCAAGAAGAAGGGUCAAAAGUGGGGCAAAGAGAAAGCUGCUUCUUCAAAACGGAAUAAUUAUGAAACUUUUAAUCAAGAUUGUUCUAAAAUGCCAACUGCUGAGGAAGAGAUAUCUGUGCAUGAUUCCAAGGACUUGGAUUUUAAUAAGCUUAAACCUUAUACUAGCUUGCCCAAGGAAGGUGAUGUAAUUGCGUAUCGCUUGAUUGAGCUAUCAUCGUCUUGGACCCCUGAGCCAACUUCCUUUCGGGUUGGGAAGAUAUCAUGUUAUAACCUUGAAUCCAAUAGGGUUACACUAUUAGUUGUCCCAGAAUAUCCACUCACUUUUGAGAAAAAGAUAGAUGAGGAUGCAUCCACACUACUAUCAGAUACAUCCCUUUAUGAAGAAGAUGGGUCUUUACAAAUAGAUUUUUCACUACUUGUUGAUGUCCGCAUCAUCAUGGAUGGUGCAAAAUCAGUCACUGGUGGAGUUGAUGAAGUUCGCGUGGCAAAUCAAGAUGCUGUAGCAAAUCUGAGGGACUGCAAUAACAAUGGAAAAGCACCUGCCCCUGCCCCUGCCCCAGCCCCAGCUCCAGCCCCAGCUCCAGCCCCAGAAAAUGAAAAACUUUGUGCGGGAGACCAAGAUGCUGUAACAAGUUUGGGAGACAACAAUAACAGUCAAAAAGCCCUUGCCCCCAUCCCAGGAAAUGGCAAAUUGAAUGCAUGGGACGAAAUUAACCAGGCUUUGUGUGCAAAGAAGGCAGAACUAUCGCAUGUUGCUGAUCAGUGUUUGAAAGAGGGCUCGAGGAGCAGCCGAUGGUCAUACAAGGCCCUCAGGAGCAGUGCUCUAGGUCCAACCAUGGCUUUUCUUAGAGCACAAAGUGGAAUAUAAAUGUCCUUAAUCUGGUGUUUUGAAAUAGAUGACGAUCCCGAAUGAACACUAUGGUUUGGGAAGUUUUGAAAAUUAGAUGGUAGAAUUUUGUUUUUGAGUUUUUGUUUGGAAAAGUCAUCUGAGCCAGUGAAGGCUUUGUACAGAAUGAGGUCUUCUUAAUUUUGUUGAAAUUAUGUGCUACUCAAAGUAAGAGCUGCAUGAAGGCCCCGUUUUUCCUUAUCCAAUUUUCUUUUGUUCAACUUGUAUUAGCACAAGAAAUCCACCAUCAAGAACGUGGAACUGGGAAAAUUAAAGCAGUCUACCAUGUCAUUUUCACUUCUGAAAUGUGGAACAGCAGCUUUUGUCA